UCAGUGCGCCCGCCCGUGCUGCUCUCUCUCCAGCUUGGGUUCGGUGGCUCAGUUACUAACCCUGGGGCACCGGAGGGAGUCGGCCUGGAGCCGCCUGCGGCUCCCGUCACCACCCAAUGCCGGCAGCCCUCCGGCGGGUGUGCGGCCUGGCAGGGCCCGCGCGGGGAGGCCGCGGGAGGACUCGCAUUUCCAGACAGAUUCCUUGUCGCCUCUGAGUAGCUGGGACUUGCUUUCCUGCUGACCUAGCAGUGAGAGCUGUGUUUGUGAGUAAUGUGCGCGCGAUGUCACUACCGAGAGGGAAGGGGACUUCGUGCUGGGUGCCUGUGGCUGCGUGUGCUCUGUGCUUCCAGCUUCGGAGAGAAAGGACCGAGGCAGAAUGUGACCGGGCAGAGGCUCUGAAACGGAUCCACAGGAGGAGUCAGCGACUCCCUCCCUGAGCUCCCUGUUGGCUCCGCAUCCGCCGUCGCAGCCAUUCCGACAUCGGGCAACAGCGCGAGCGAGUUACUUGCGGGCUUUGAUGCCAAGGGCCUGUGGGGAAAUACAGACGACAGCAAACCCGUUUUUCCUCGACAACUAGCUUUGCCACAGUCUUCCUUUGUGGGCAGUCAGAGCAUUCCCCCGUGACAGACUCAACUGUCAGCUGUUAGCGUGACCUAAAGCGGAGGGAACCACUUACAGGUGUCAGCUGGAGGACUGGAGGGGGUUCCGUGAAGAGGAGCUGCUCUGGGACCAUGCACCGCUCCCCCCGGGACUCGGGCUCCCGCGGCAUCCCCGUCCCUGAGGACAGGAAGCUGUACGUCGUGGACUCCAUCAACGACCUGCACAGACUCAACUUCUGCCCCUCGGGGUCCCAGCACCUGCUCUCGCCGGAGGAGAAAACCCUGGAGGCCGGCACUCGCUCGGGCGAUGGGCGCUCCCGCCUGCUCUUCCUGGGGCUGGUCCUCGCGCUGAUGGUCAGCCUGGUGCUGGUCGCCUUGGUGACCUUCCUCAUCAUUCAGACCGGAAGCAAGAUGGACAACGUGUCGAGAAGACUGGCGGCUGAGGGGAGGGACAUAGACGAGCUCAAGAAACUCAACAGCAUGAUCGUCAAGCGACUCAACCAACUGGAGUCGGCACAGAACUAGAGAUGAUCUUCCCAGCGCAGCUGCCAAACCCGAGUUUCUGCUCGGCGGGGCCUGUGCGGGGCCAGAGGCCGAGCCCAGCGUCCCUGCCGGCAGCCCACUCCCCGGGCAGAGAGCCGGCCCUGGGCCAGCCCUGCCGCCGGGAUGGGAACCACCGCAGGGCAAGGGGCCUGGGACUAGCGGCCACAGGGACUCAUUUCACGGCCCAGUCCUUCCGCUUUAAAGGGGCGAGGGGGUGGCUGGCAUGAGGACAACCCUGUGCCGAUUCUCUUACCAAGGUGCUUUGUCACCAGAGCAAGGUCACGGUCCCAGGAAGGUCCCGCUGCCUCCCACCUCUUUGUAAGCUCCCAUGAUGAGUGAGGGCAUUCCCGUUCCAGGGAACUGGGUGAUGACAGAUCAUCUUCUUAAUAAAAGAGAUUCUGCUCAGGGGAUGGAA